UUUCUUCUGGCAACGUCAGUCGCGAGAAUUGUUUUCGGAUACUUGAUAUUUAGUUAAUCGUAGUUCUUUCUACGUAACGCUUUUGAAUUAUUUUUCAUUUUAAUUAGUGAGAUUAAGGGAAUGGGUAUAGUUGGUGAUUUUCAAGCUUCUAUUUGGAAAAAUUUUAAGGAGAUUAUGCCAAAGAAAUCGGUGGAAAAGACUUCGGAACCAAUACCCCAAGCUAAGCAACAAUCGAAUGGAGAACUCAUAAAAAUGUUGGAAAAGAAAGAUCUGCAAUCGUUUAUGACUUCUAGUGGUAAAGUUUUUGUGCGGAUUGCAGGAAUAUUUGGGGCUACUGCAGUUAUUAUGGGAGCUUAUGGUGCACAUGGAUUUUAUUUAAGAAAAGAUAUUAGUGAAGAGAGGAAAAAAGCUUAUGAAACAGCAAAUCACUAUCAUUUCUUACAUUCACUUGCAUUAUUAACAGUACCUCUUACAAAAAGACCAUUAAUGGUUGGAACCUUGCUUACUGCUGGAAUGAGCAUUUUUUGUGGAAGCUGCUAUAUUUAUGCAUUAACAGAUAGUACACAUGUUAGACGGUUUGCACCAUAUGGAGGAACUUUAUUAAUUUUAGCAUGGUUAUCAAUGAUUCUUUAAUUGCUUUUAGGUGGCAUACUUAGUUAUUAAAUUAAUGGAGGAAUUUAAUCUUUCUAUUUUUCAUUAUACAAAAAGUGACUUAUGUGAUCAGCUUUAUAGUUUUCAAAUCAAAUAGGAGAUAUUAAAAUAUCUAUUUAAUACUGUAAUGAAUUUGAUGAUUUACUGUUGUAUAAAACUAAUAGAGAAAUGAUGUAACAAUAACUCUUUUUUAAACUUUUUAUAAAUAAUUUAAACUCAGUCACAAGAUCACAUGACCUCUGACAAACAUAACUAUAACUAUUAUUGGAAGAAGCAGAGCAUGUCUGAUUUUUAAUACAAGUUUUUACUUCCAAAAGCAUCUUAUCUUUCGGGAUUUUCCUCUUUUCUUUUUAAUCAGGUGAAUAAAAAUAGAUAAAGAAAAUAUUUUAAAAGUUUGUACAAAGUUUCUCGUCUCUUAGGUUCUAUAAAAGGAGCAUAUAAAACCUGGCCAUCUAAUGCUAGAGAAAGCUUGAAUCAGUCAUAAAAAAAAAAAAGGGAAGGAACCUAUUCUAAAGCAAUGCUCCUCUCUGAAAGUAGCAGAAGCCGGGAAAUUUAAGCUGUCUUUCCUUUUAGCAUGCCACGUCUAAGGCUAGGCUAGCUUUAUCACAGUGCUAGAACAGCCAACUAUGAAACAUGGUAUUCUAAAACUGUUUAAACAUGGUAGCAGAGCUGAAAAGUGAAAACAUUUUUUAUAAAUUCUUUCUGAAAGAUUUAUAUCAAAUCUUAACAGAAAAUAAGGGCAAUAUUGAUUUUAUCAUAAUAUAAAAGAGAUACUGUAAUAUUUUUGACUGUUUUCAAAAAAAUAAUUUUCAAGAAUAGUUUUAACAUUGUUUUACAGUCAAUAUUUAGAUUAUUUUCAAUGAAUUUGUAUAAGACAUACCCGUAUAUGAGCUGUUCACUUGCCGAAUUGGUUAACUCCAUAAAAGUGGAGAAAAGUGACAAAGUAAUAUACAUUCAUUUUUAAAAUUCCUUGUAAAAUAUAAAUUCAAAUAAACAUUGUAGAUGUAUCUUUUAUUUAACGAAUAUAAAAUGUAUAAGAUAGCACAGACAUGCUAUAAUUGUUAUUAUUAUUACGAUUUUGGUGUGAUUGACAGAGUUAAUCAAUUUGGCAAGUGAAAAACAUAGUAACAUUAAAUUCUCUUUACAUUAGCAUACCUUUUUUAUUAAAAAUUUUUCACAAAAAUGAAUAAUAACUGUUCUGUUACUUUGCAUAACUUCAAUCACUUUUUAACUUUAUGGUAAUUUUUUAAUAAUCUAUUUAUGAUGUCUUAAGAAGACUUUUUAAGAAGACAAGCUAAUUGACUGUUACUUCUGAAUUGAUCUGUGAAAAGGAAAUGAAAUAGACUCAAAAAUUAUAUAUUUUUAUAUGUCUCUAUAGCUUGUUCUGUUACAGUGGUUGUUAUUUAUUAUUUUGUUUGAAUUGAUUAUUCAGCAACAUAAAUCCUCAGCUGUAUUUGACGUCAGCUCAUCAUGUCGAUUUGUUCUUAAAUUUUUAUAAGAAUCAUGUUUAAUAGGAGGAAUGAAAAAAAUUAUUUUCAAUUUUAUCCAUCUUGAUAUAACAGGUGUAACUUUUUCUAAAAACAAUUGUCACCAAAAUUAAAACAAUCGUUCAAUAUUCCACAAGUAUACUUCUGCAGCAGUUGGACUGUAACUAAUUAAUUUCUUUUACUUAGAUUUGUGAUGAGAUAACAAUAAAUUAUUUAAUGUUAUCUAUAAAGCACUGGUCAGCACACACUGCAGCAUUGCAAUUGCAGUGUGUGCUGGCAGAUUAAUGUUACAGUAUGGAGUUAAUUAGAUUGGCUUCUGAAAUAAAAUUUUUUUUCCAUUGUUAAUAAAAUUUUGUCAUUAA